AUGAAAGCCUUAAAACAACUAUUUUUUAAUCCGGAAAUAGACGAAGAUGAUAUUAUCGGCGAAAAUAUCACAGGUAUUCCUCCAUUUUUACCAAGUAAGGAAGACAAGGGAUGUAAGUUAUUAGGACAAGACGAAAUAUCUUAUAUGGAUGAAUCAAAUGAACAAAUAGAUCUUGAUCCUGAAGUUUAUUCUAUUAAUGACAUAGUUUGUCAAACACUAAUUUCCUCAAUACUUGAAUACGAAAAAAACAAAGGAACCCCUCCCAAACUGGAUCUUCAGGGUGAGGAGAUAGGUACAGAUGAUUUGGAUACAAAUCUGCUCGAACAUUUUUACGUUUCAGAUGAAUGUGGCCUUCCUUAUCUUUUAUACAAAUGGAAUAAAUCAUACCUUGAAGGCUUAGAACAUGUUCAUCCCUCACAGAAGGAACAUUACAAUAAGGUUUGGUAUCAAAAAUUAAACAAUUUUUUACUGCAUCAUAUUGAAAAUUUCAAAAAGGUUAUUGAAAUUAAGGGGGAGCAAUACUUUCAGUUUGAGGAAAGCACGAGUCAGGAUAAGCUCCCUAGGGUCAAAAUUGGAACAAAAUUGGUAAAAUUAAAACCUUGGACAGAAUAUCUUUCUCCACACAUACUCGAAUUUGUUGCAAAAAGUGAAAAAUAUAAUAGAGUCCUCUCAGGUAAAGGGGCUACUCCCGACCGACUUGAUGAUAUAAGAGCAGAACUUCUCAAAGCAUUUAUUGCGGAAUCUCAAAAUCCAUUUUUUAUCAAGAAGCUGGAAAAGGAAAAAAACAAACUCUGUAAAGAAUACGUCAGAUUCUGUUACGCUAGACGACAUAAGAUAAAGGGGAAACCGGUGUCUCCACCUAUUAUGCCAUUUUGGAUUUGGCAUGAUUUUUGGAAACGCAGGGAAACCGUGUUUCAGGAUACACUAUCCGAGAUAUUUAACGAUAUAUUGUUGGCUGACCCACAUAUAGACUUGAAAAAAAUAACUGAAGGUACCUUUGAUAAGUUUGAUGUUCAAAAAGAGAACAUUGACGAUAAGGAUUUAAAACUAAUCGUGCAUGACGUAUAUAUUGAUCCAGAAAUCUCCAAGCUAAAAGAACUUGUGAAAAAACAGGAGACCUUUCGUCUAUCAAACGAUGGACCAAAAAGCGAGCAAACUAAUGAGACAGACAAAAUGGAUGCACCAAAACCUCUCGGAUAUUAUUUUAAGGAUGUUAUUUCAUUUUCAAAAUUUGAAGAUGCUUAUAAAAAAUUUAACAUGGACAAUUUGGGGACCCAGGACUAUAAAAUAUACAUUGGACAAAUAGUAAAGGGAACAGUAUAUUCUGUAACUCGGGAUAAAGUCGUGGUUGACAUUCAUGCAUUUACAUUGGCUACUAUGCAUCUAAGAAAUUAUUACGAUAGCCCUUAUGAUGUCCCAAUGUAA